AUGACGGGGAGAGCUGUUCCCUCCCAACCAGAGUUCCUGGCUGAGUGGUCAACCUUGAUGGCCGCAGAAAAUGGCACGCGUAUUCUGCAGCAGCUGGAGCUUCGCGGGCAGGAUUAUGAAAGACGAAUUCCUGACCCAAAUCAUUUGGCCGACCCACCCAGAGCAUGCCGCCGUGUUCCAAAACAUGCUUCGUCUGACUGGCGAUCCAGCGCAAGCGAUAUAAGCAGUUAUCUUCUGCUUCUACCAGAUACUAUACUACGACUGGCUGCCUAA